CUGGGAAAAGCAUUAGUUUUUCAGCUUGGCUAUGUGCUAGGCUCCGUUGCCGCAGCAUCUUACUUUGGUAGCCGCAUCGCGCAGCUACUAAAAUCCUAUCGUCGAAAUUCUUCGGAAGGCCUAUCACAUUACACAUUUUACAUAAUGAUAGCCGGGAAUCUAACAUACGGUAUAUCGGUACUGCUUGAAUCAACAGGCUGGCACUAUGUGUUGCAUCAUAUGCCAUGGCUGGUGGGCAGUUUGGGCGUCUGUUUUGCUGAUAGUGCGGUGGCCGUUCAGUGCUUUUACUACAAUCGACGUAAGCCGAGCACCACCGUGAAGCAACCUGCUCCGGAAAAAGAUCGACCUUGA